AUGUCGAAUAAUUCCUGUAGAAAGUCUCCAUUAGACUUAUUCAAUGAUUCCACAAAACCUUAUAUAAAUGUAUGCGCGCCAAUGGUUAGAUAUAGUAAACUGCCGUUUCGAGAACUGGUUCGUGGUUAUAAUGUAGAUUUAGCUUAUACCCCAAUGAUUUUAGCAAAAGAAUUUAAAAACUCGAGUUUUGCUCGGGAUUUCGAUUUUAGUACUUCUCCUACGGAUAAUCCACUAAUUAUACAAUUCGCAAGCAACAGUCCAGUGGAACUUACUAAAGCUGCAGAACUUGUGAUCGGAUACGUCGAUGGAAUUGAUCUGAAUUGUGGGUGUCCACAAAAAUGGGCCUUAAAUGAAGGUAUAGGUGCACACUUAAUAGAUAAACCAGAGCUAGUAAAGGAUAUGAUUCGAACGGUCAAGGGUAGCGUAGGUGUAGAUUUUAUUGCGAUCCAUGGUCGUACACGUCGUCAAAAAUCUACUUCUCCCAUAGAUCUAGACACCAUAAAACUCUGUAAAGAAUCUUUACAAAUUCCAGUAAUAGCAAACGGUAACGUCUUUUCCUUGAAAGACGCAAAUCUAUUAUACGAGAAUACUAGGGUUGAUGGUGUGAUGGUAGCUCGAGGUAUACUUAAAAAUCCAGCAUUAUUUACAGGUUGCGAAAGCACACCUUGGGAAUGUGUGGAUAAAUUUAUUAAAUUAAGUCUGGGGUUGGGAACCACACAUUAUAUUUUCCAUCAUCAUUU